AUGGCCACCACCGGCAGCGCCACCGGCGGAAUAAUCGGUAAUACCUCUAAUUUCCUCAACACUCCUUCCAAAAGCCCUUCUUCCGAUAAUUCCGCUUCCAGAAAAAGGCCCCGCCACCACCAAUCAAUGGACACGCCGGGCAAAUCCGCUAAUGAACUGAAAAGAAGAUACGAGGCCUACAAUCGCCUCCAGGCCGCCGCAGUGGCGUUCGGAGAGAAGCUCCCGAUUCCGGAGAUUGUGGCUCUCGGCGGCCAGUCCGACGGUAAGAGCUCGUUGCUUGAAGCCCUCCUAGGGUUCCGAUUCAAUGUGCGGGAAGUUGAAAUGGGGACUCGACGGCCGCUCGUGCUGCAGAUGAUUCAUGAUUCAAAUGCUCUCGAGCCUCGAUGCCGAUUUCAGGAAGAGUAUUCUGAAGAAUAUGGGACUGCUAUGAUAUCAUCCACUGCCAUUGCUGAUACCAUAAAAGCUCGUACUGAAGCACUUUUGAAGAGGACGAAAGCUGCAGUCUCUCCUAAGCCUAUCGUGAUAAGGGUGGAAUAUGCUCACUGUCCUAAUCUCACUAUUAUCGAUACUCCCGGCUUUGUUCUCAAGGCAAAGAAAGGCGAACCCGAGAGUACUCCAGAUGAGAUUUUGUCGAUGGUGAAGACCAUAGCUAGUCCACCUCAUCGCAUUCUUCUAUUUCUUCAGCAGAGUAGUGUUGAAUGGUGUUCCUCAUUGUGGUUGGACACCAUUCGUGAAAUUGAUCCUGCCUUCAGACGCACAAUCAUUGUUGUCUCCAAAUUUGACAACCGUCUUAAGGAAUUUAGUGAUCGGUGGGAAGUGGAUCGGUAUUUGAGUGCAAGUGGAUACCUUGGAGAAAACACUCGACCAUUCUUUGUUGCCCUGCCAAAGGACAGAAGCAUAGUUUCUAAUGAUGAGUUCCGUAGGCAAAUAGCUCAGGUGGAUACGGGAGUCAUGUCCCAUCUUCGUGAAGGUGUCAAAGGAGGGUAUGAUGAGGAGAAGUACAAAUCCCACAUAGGUUUCGGUUCUCUCAGAGACUAUCUUGAAUCCGAGCUCCAGAAGAAGUACAAAGAAUCGACCCCUGCCACAUUGGCCUUGCUUGAGCAACGGUGUAGCGAGGUUACGGCUGAUCUGGCACGAAUGGAUGGCAAAUUACAAGCGACUUCUGAUGUGACCCAUCUAAGGAGAUCCGCCAUGUUGCAUUCAGCAUCACUUUGCAACCAUCUGGAUUCUCUUCUUGAUGGGGCGGCCGAUCCAGCUCCUGAACAGUGGGGCAAAACAACUGAAGAGGAAAAAUUGGAGAGUGGCAUUGGAGGUUGGCCUGGUGUUAGUACGGACACAAAGCCUCCAAACGCCACUCUUCGUCUUUAUGGUGGUGCUGCGUUUGAGAGGGUGGUGCAUGAGUUUCGUUGUGCCACGUAUUCUGUGGAAUGCCCGGUUGUCUCAAGGGAGAAGGUGGCGAAUAUUUUACUUGCUCAUGCUGGCCGAGGUGGGAGCAGAGGAGUAAUGGAAGCAGCUGCAGAGAUAGCACGUGCGGCAGCUAGGUCAUGGCUCACCCCUCUUCUCGACACCGCAUGUGAACGUCUCGCUUUUGUUCUGUGCAAUCUUUUCGAUAUUGCUGUCGAGAGAAAUCGAAGUUCUCAACCCCCACGCGGUCAACAAUCGGGAGACAUGGAGGGUUAUGUGGGCUUCCAUGCUGCCUUAAGGCACUCUUACCACAAAUUCGUUAAAGAUCUCGCCAGGGACUGUAAACAGGUUGUGAGGCACCACCUCGACUCGGUCACCAGCCCAUACUCCCUCGUGUGCUAUGAAGCCGACACCAUGGCUUUGACCACCCACCGAGCACACCAGAUCCAGCCUUGGUCGUUUGGCCUCGACUUAUCGAGCGUGGGGCCCACGCCCGGUUCCACAAACGAGACCACGGUCGAACAGGAGAACAUUCCCCCUGAGAGAAACGAGAUAACGCCUGGGAAGACUGCUGUGGAGCAUAGGGAAGCCCUGAGAGAGUGCCAAAUGACAGUGCCAGAGACUCCUUCGCCAGAUCAGCCGUGUGACGCGAGUUAUGUCGUGAAAAAGGAGCUCGGGGGUCAUUGUGUGGUGGAGUUGGGGUUGAGAAAGCGACAAUCCAGGAUCGGGCCCAAUAAACGGGCCCAAAAUGGUGGUGGGCUUAUGAUGUUUGGGGGUGGGGACGGGAGCUCGAGGUCUGGGUCGCCUUACGAGGAGAUUUGCUCGUCUGCUGCGCGGCAUUUCGCGCGGAUUCGUGAGGUGCUGGUCGAGAGGGGUGUGGCUUCGACUCUGAAUUCCGGGUUCUUGACACCUUGUCGAGAGCGACUAAUGGUUGAACUGGGGCUGGAUUUGUUUGCUGUGACGGACGAGAAGUUUAUGGAAAUGUUUGUUGCACCUGGAGCCAUCGACCUUCUGGAAAACGAGAGGCAGUCGCUUCAAAAGCGCCAGAAAAUACUGCAUUCGUGCUUGAAUGAGUUCAAGAAUGUGGCCAGGGCACUUUGA